GUACAUAAGUCAACUAUUUUUUGGACUUGUCAUUCAAAAUCAAAUGUUGUUCAAUAUUCUCCUCCCAAUAACAAAGCGAUGUCUGAUAAGAGCGAUUGUGAUUUAUCCGUGGUGCUAGGAGUGAUGGUGGUAUUCGCGUUACCACUGACACUGCUGGUACCAGGGUUCUCGGUGUGGGACGUGGUGCCGAAGGUGCGGAUCUCACGACUGCACAUCGUCAGCCAGGACCUUACCUGGCCGCAGCUGAACGCAGCCAUCGUCUUCCUAUUAACAUUAUUCUUCUGUCUUUACCUAGAAAUCCAUAAAAGAAAGUUAGACGACAUGGUAGAAAAGGUGCUGUCGGUGAGCCAGGCAACGGACUCUACGAUGGAAGUGGAAAGGGAACGUCAGGCAGCCGCAGUCAGGGUUUGUGUGGAUCUGCUGGACGCUUCAGCAGAACAUUACGAGAAUCUCGUGCUCCUGAGAGAUGAGCUAAGGAAGCGAGAGAAAUUAAAAAAGCAAUAUCCACCUGCCAUCGAAUCGAGCUCCACCAUGCAAAUGUAAAGAUCUCCCAAAAACAGGACAUAAUAAAACCCUUUGAAACCAAAAUUUUUGAGAGCAAUAUUGAACAACAUAACUUUUUUUUUCCAUCCGGCUAUUUAAUGUUUCGUUUAUGUGAUUUUUUUUUGUUCUAAUUGAAAUUAUCAAUUGUUUUGACGAAUAAAUCGUUUAGAAAAGCAA